AUGGCGGCUAAAGGAAAGUCAACACAAAGGCGUUCUGCCACCGGUGGUGCUAAUUCCAAAGGUGCUUCCGCUAAAAUUUCUCCAGUAAAGAAGUCAACAGCGAGAAAAGGACAGCAAAAGACAACCAAGAAAACACCUGUGGUAACCAAGCCAGUGCCUACCAAAACAACUGCGGCGGCGGGGGUGAAAAAGAAAGUUGAUGCUGCUGUAACCACGCAAGCGCCGGUGACAGGGGGGAAGCGGGAGCGAUUUCUUCGGAAGGGACGCGGCGUUGUCGACGUGCACUCGGGCAAAGUGGACACUUGCCAUGUGUACGAGAGAGACGGCACCGUGUUUCAGUUUACACUGAAUCAAACAAACAUAUCGAGUAAUAACAAUAAGUUCUACAUAACUCAACUACUUGAGGAUGACGCGCGCAAAAAUUACUUUAUCUUUGCGCGGUGGGGCCGUGUGGGCGCUGUGGGGCAAUACAUGUUGGAACCGUACUUGGAUGCGCGCAGUGCGGAGCAGGACUUUUGUUCCAAGUUCCGCGAGAAGACACGCAAUGACUGGGUCGACCGUGGACGUUUCAAAAAGGUUCCCGGGAAGUAUGAGUACAUGGAGGUUGACUAUGGGGAAGAUGAUGACGAUGACGCUGGUGGGGAAAAGCCGGGGAAGAAGAAAAAAGCGGAGAAACCGGUGAGAGAGUCAAAGUUACCCAAAGAAGUUCAAGAUUUGAUGCGACUCAUUGGGUGCAGGGAGUCGAUGUCGCAGGUGCUCCGAGAGCUGGAGGUGGACACCGAACGAAUGCCAUUGGGGAAAAUAUCGAAGGCGCAGAUCCUGCGCGCCUACGAAGUACUGAAGGAAAUCGAGAAGAAGCUUAAGCGGCCACUGAAACAACUGGAGGAACUGUCCAGUCGCUUUUAUACGCUAAUACCUCACGCGUUUGGCACCAGGCGGCCUCCAGUCAUCAAUACAGUUGAUGUGGUUCGGCAGAAAAGGGAGAUGCUGGAAACACUGGCUGAGUUGGAGGUUGCGUCAACACUCGUGGACAUGAAAGACGAUGAGGCCUUGCAUCCGUUGGACAAUAUCUACAGAAAGAUGAAGUGUGCGAUCCAGCCACUAAAACCGCAAAGCGAGGUAUACAAACGUAUUGUCCAGUAUGUUCGCAACACUCAAGGACCUACCCACGACGCAUAUACCCUUCAGGUGGUGGAAGUCUUUACACUGCGGCGGGAGGACGAAGAGGAGCGAUACAAACCGUUCAAGAAAAUGGACAAUCGCCAAAUGCUGUGGCACGGCUCACGUAUUACAAACUUCCUUGGUAUCCUUUCACAAGGGCUUCGGAUCGCACCUCCGGAGGCUCCCUGCACUGGAUAUAUGUUUGGGAAGGGGAUAUACCUCUCCGAUGUGUGCUCCAAGUCUGCGAAUUAUUGCCAUCCACCACGUGACACUAAUACGGGCCUUUUGCUACUCUGUGAAGUAGCGCUAGGGAAGCAGAAGGAGUAUGAAAAUGCACACUACAUGUUAGAACCAGAGAAAGGAACAAACUCCACCAAGGGUGUUGGACGCAUGUAUCCCGAUCCUAAAGGGGCGGAAGUUGUGAAAGGUGUGCUGUGGCCAAAGGGAUGCAUCAAGGAGGAUUCGCGCUCCACUUCUUUAAUAUACCCUGAACACAUCAUAUAUGACGUCCGUCAAUGCGUGUUGAGGUAUCUAGUUCGUGUUUCUUUUGAGUAUAAAUAG